AGUAAGAUCAUGUGACCUGCAGCCCGUUUUCCCAGCAACAGUGAGCAACAUGGCGUCUUCAUUGACUUUUCCAGGCGUGUUUGCGGUGCUGUGCCUCUUCCUCCUGAGUGUCCUGCAGCCCGUGGAGGCUUACGACGGCGGGGAUGCCGUGGCUUUGCUAUUGGGGAUGGCCAUCACGGUGGUUGGCUUCUGCGUGUGCCUCGGCUGGUACUCCCGGAGACGCAGCGGACAGUUUUGAUACGACAUGCAGGCCGCCCCGUGGUCCGGAAAUGUCGCUUCUCGCCUCCUGAAAUCCCCGAAACGCCGCUGCAGCUGGUCGCUCUUUCCUGUACGUGUGGCGGUUAUAAGACUCUUGACCCUGUAGUGGAAGGUGAAGGCGGUUCAAUUCGACUCAACUCUACUCGAGGGUCCGAGGUACAAACGAGGGAAGUUCCAACACCAAACCGGAGAGAGAGAGUAUGCAGUUAACAAGUCGACAUGCACUUCCACUGGACUCAUCUGGAUAAUGAUAUUCAAGCACAUCUGUACGACAUGUGGACUGUCCUACUAUUACUUUGUUGUACGAUGAUGUCUGUUAUUACACGACGACAAUCUCUUUCUUUUCUCCCUCCUGUUAUAUACACACAACUCUGUAAUUCCAAUGUUACCUGACACAUGGGCCCUGAAGGCUGAAGGCGUUCAUUCUUCACAUUUUUAAGCACUGAAAGUUGUCUUUCCCUCGCUGUUUUGCACUUACAAUUAGUGGUCUUACUAUAGUGAACUAUACUUGAAAGAUAAUUGCUUCUCGCAUAUGCUUAUUUUCUGUAAUAAACUCUAUGAAUGCUA